GCCACCGACCGUCAGCAAUGGCUCCAGCGGCCCAAAUGAAGCGAUGGCGUGGCUAUGCGGCCGUCGUCAACGAGCCAAGAAGGCACUGUGAGAGAUCUGCAGGCACACAAAACACCGAAGCAGCAGCUGACUGAAGCAUUUCAAUGAAUUCGUUGCCUCUCUGCAUGCCAUCUUACCCUCUCUUGAGCAGAAGAGGGAUGGGAUGCCCGUAGCGAAGAUCUGCGAGCUUGGCAUCGCGUAGCGAGGCGUUUUGGUGACAACAGGGCCGCGUAGAGUGUCGGGCAGAUGCCCAAAGAGCCGCUGUGAUGACAUCGAUCACCACAGAUUCCGCCGCCAUCUCCAUGAGUGACGCCGUUGGGACACAUUGAGGUGAUGGAGGGCAACCAGGGGGAGGGAAGGGCGUCAGCAGUGACAGCCUGUGUGAUGUCUGUGUGUUUGUGGGCAGAUAUGUGACGUACAAGACCGACAAGGGAGCAGAUCAGUCAAGGUGCGGCAAGGCAUGCAGUGAGUGGUUUCGUCCCAUCACACGCCGUUUGUGUGUGUCAGAUCUCGGCUGCCGCUCCUGAUGGGCGCAGCCACCUCUAGCACGUCGCCGUCAUGCCCGGGAUUCUUCGCCUUCAUGUCGCUAAUCACACGUGGGAGGCAGCGAGGGCGAGAGGGCGUGUCCUUCUCGGCCGUCCCAGCUGAAGUGGUGCCGACGAUCGCCCAGUGCCUCACCAGCUAUGACGACUUGUGUGCCUUCCGCCGCAUCGACAAGACCCGCCAUGGCGCCCUCACGCCCGCCGCCCUGCUGCCCAUCCUUACCCAGCUGCUGCCCGUCGUGGUGGCCUCUCUCGGCCUCGGUGGCCUCCUGGUGUGUAUCAUCCCCCAGCUGCCCCUCCGUGAGGCACUCAGCCACGGCUGCUGCACCGCAUACCUCAUCGAACAGCUCAGCCGCCGACUGUUCAUCCUCGAGAGGGGCGGCGAUUGGGCCAGAUGGCGGCCGCACCUGGAGAUGCUGUACUUGCUGAGGGGCAAGAGGCCUUUGGUGCUGAGUGACGACAACUUCGGCGUGUUCGGCAGCCGGGCGGCCUUCAUGAGUGAGAGGGAGGCCGUCCGGCAGUGGAAGAUACUCAGCCGGUGGAUCACUUUCGCUGAUGGAGAACAACAGAGACAGCUGAUGGACGGCAACGCCAUCCUUCGCCCUCACAAUUGCCGUUUCACCCCUACCCUCCUCAACUCUCCCAGCCCCCUUUUCCCUCAUGUAGCAUUCGAUCCCGCCGACCCGCCCACAGAGAUGGACGGCUGGACGAGCCCCAGCUGCACUCAAACGGUGGCAUUCGAGCUUUUCAACUGGCUCGUUCGCAGCGGCCACAUCCGUCGCAUCAAAUCCUGGUUGUCUUGGCGUCCUGCCUCUGCUGCAUUCCGGGGUGUGUCUGAGCUGCUGGCGGCCUCUCCCGGCGAUGCGGCACAGUGGGGGGCGGGGGCGACCGUGUUCGACGUGAAGCGGCCGGACGGGAAGGGGCAUGAUCGUUUGGUGGUGUUGGGCAGUGAGGCGAUGGGCGAGGGGCACAUGGCGGUCAUUUGGCUGAUCGAUUGGGGGGAUUGUUGCCGCUCUGUUUAUAUUCUUACGACAGAGUCGGCCCCCCACGACAAGACGCGCACUGUCGUGAUGAGAGCGUUGGGGGAUCAGUUAGGGGGCAAGGUGUGGCGGGAGGAGAGGGAUGGGCAGUGAGCUGAUGGGCGACGGGCAGAUGGCACUCAUCACGCUAGUGGGUUGCGGUCUUUUCAUCCAGUCGACCGACUCUGCGCACACAAAAUACGGUGAUGAGAGUGCUGGUGGCAUACCUGGGGGGCAUAGCGUGGCGGAAGGAGUGAAAAUGCUGAAUGGAUGAUAGCAAGACAGUGCCAGUCAGUGUACAGGCUAUAGAUCGUCGUUUUCAAGCAGCAGACCGACACAGACAGACAUCCAGACAGGCAACGGGUUGUUGCCCUUCCUUUUAUCCAUCCAUCCAUCCUUGUGCAGUCUGUGUGAAUGGCUUCCCUCUCUCUCUCUCUCUCUCUCUGUGUGUGUGUGUGUGUGUCCGAAUGAACGAACGAAGAUUGCUCGCAUGCUUAGGCUGAAUGGAAAAGUGCACCCCUGUC